CACGUGUCUUGUCCUAUUCAGCAAGUAGAUGGCGUCUUCCCGUAACACUAACACACCCGCUCAUCCCUACAGAAAAGAUAGCUGAGUCACAUCUCCACACGCGCUCAUUCAGGACACUUCCGAGGCUGUUUUUCGCGGGGUCUCGCGCUCGAACACAAUGCUGACGAUCACUCUGAAGACGCUCCAGCAGCAGACAUUUAAAGUGCAGAUAGACGAGGAGCUGACGGUAAAGGCUCUUAAAGAAAAGAUACAGGAAGAAAAGGGGCAAGAUGCUUUUCCAGCUGUCGGUCAAAAACUAAUCUAUGCAGGCAAAAUUUUGAAUGAUGAUAUACCUCUAAAAGAAUACAAAAUAGACGAGAAGAACUUUGUCGUGGUGAUGGUUACAAAGCCUAAAUCUGCCACACCACCACAAGCUCCUGCUCCAGUUAGCGCAUCUCUCGCUGAAACCCCCGUCCAUCUGCCCACGACUCCUGCCGCCUCCACAGUGCCUGAAUCAACCCCCGCUCCGGCUCCUGUAGAGCCAGCACCCGUCACAGCGCCCCCUGCUGCCUCGGAGGCCGCUGCCGAAACGCCCGAGACUGUUAGCGAGACUCCUGCUCCGAUCUCAGAAGAGGAGAACCAGGCCGCUCAAGAAGAGCAGGCCAUCGCCCAAUCAGAAGCCAGCAUUAUAGAUGAGUUGGGUCUUUUAGAAGCAGCUGCAUCCAUACUAGUUACGGGUCAAGCGUAUGAGAAUUUGGUGACGGAAAUCAUGUCAAUGGGUUAUGAGAGGGAACAGGUUAUAUCCGCCUUACGAGCAAGUUUCAACAAUCCGGACAGAGCCGUGGAGUACCUGCUUAUGGGUAUUCCCACAGAAUCCGAGCAGCCGCCACAAGAAGUAGUUCAGCCCAGUGCCGUGUCCAACCCCACCCCCCCCGCCCCACAGCGACCUCAGCCUCCACCCGCCGCUGCCGCAGCCGCAGCCGCCACCGGUGCGGAGUCCGGAUCCGCGCCGGUGACGGCGAACCCGCUGGAGUUCCUGAGGAACCAGCCGCAGUUCCAGCAGAUGCGGCAGAUCAUCCAGCAGAACCCGACGCUCCUGCCGGCGCUGCUGCAGCAACUGGGCCGAGACAACCCGCAACUCCUGCAGCAAAUCACGCAGCAUCAGGAGCGGUUCGUGCAGAUGUUGAACGAGCCGCACGCCGUCGAGGCCGGAGCCGCCGGAGCCGCCGAAGUGCCCAGCGAACCACCGAGGAACUACAUCCAGGUCACGCCGCAGGAGAAGGAAGCCAUCGAGAGGUUAAAAGCUCUGGGUUUUCCCGAGGGACUCGUCAUCCAAGCCUACUUCGCCUGCGAGAAGAACGAGAACCUGGCCGCGAACUUCCUGCUCCAGCAGAACUUUGACGACGAGUGAACGCCGAGGACGCCGGCGGAGAGGAUGCUAGCGUGCGCAUGCUGUGCGUUGUGUGUGAAUGUGUGCGCUGAAGCGAAUAGGAAGUCGACUGAUCUUCCAUGAUGAUUGUCGUGGAGUUUAAACUGAAGCCAUGAUGCGAGGUUAUAUAUCAGCACAGCGUUUUAUUUUGAUAGAUAUAGCCGAUCCUCCACGAUGGGGUGUCUGUUGUCUGUCUGGUUUCUGCUGCUAUCACUGCUGUGUGCGUCGAGUGAGUUAAAACCCAGCCAAAAAACUCUCUCAAGCUUCAUUUUUCGCCAUCAGAAUUAAUAUUUUUCAUCUGUAUUAUUAAUAAAUAGGCGAUUCAGUCAGGGUAGAUGCCAAAUUUAGUUUGUCG